AUGAAGCGUCAAAAGAUCGAAAAGCUUCCUAGCUUCUCCAAUCUGUUGUAUCCAUCAGAAUUGUCUUUACAAGCUGCUGCUCAGUACAAGAACGACCAAAAGAAGCCAUACAAUGUUUUGAACAAGAAGUUAGCAGAAAGUGAAACCAAACGAAACUCCAUCAAACCCAGGAAGGUAAUUGCCCACUGGUUUGUGAGAGAUUUUAGAAUUUCAGAUAACCAUGGAUUGAGCAAGGCCUACGAAAUGGCAGCGAAAAAUAAAUUGCCUUUGGUUGCAUUCUGGGUCAAGUGUCCAAAGUUGAGCGAGGCACAUGGCGACAGCGAAUUCAAAAAGUACUAUCGUUCGCUCAGUUUACAGCAAGUGCACAGCAAAUUGGCCAAAUUGAACAUUACACUCGUGACUGUGGAAGCAGACGAGAAGAAAGAUAUUGUUCCUGCUAUUCAAUCGUUCUGCACCAAGUAUGAUGUGUCUCAUUUGUUCGCAAAUCUCGAGUAUGAGGUGGAUGAAUUGCGUCUUUUCACAUCUGCUCAUGACAAUUUAUUAAAAUCCAACACGGCAUUGAUGCCAUACCAUGAUAGUUGUGUUGUCGAGCCUGGAGAGCUUAAGACAAAGUCUAAAGGCACACAAUUUGCUGUUUUCACGCCUUGGUACAAGGCUUGGGUCAAAUUUGUCAAUGACAACUACUUCUCGGAGAAAAAUUUUGUGUAUCCAGACAUCCAGAAGGUCGAGUCGACAAUUGAAGUAGACGAAACUACAGAUUUUGAUGUUGGAAAUGUCGACACUGAUCGGUUUGAGAAAUACUGGAAGUUGGUUGGAGAAGAUGGUGCUCGUGAAGCGUUGACCAACUAUAUCAAUUCAGAGCAAAUUAAGAAAUACGACGAGGAUAGAGAUUUCUUGGAUGAAGACGCUCCUUCGCAGCUCAGUAUCCAUAUCUCCUCGGGAACGUUGAGUACACGUACAAUAUUGCAAGAGCUCUUCAAUGCCAAGAUGCUCAAGUCCAAGCUGAGUAGCUACAACGGAGUUAGCGAAUGGGUACGCCAGGCUUCAUGGAGAGAUUUUUACAAGCACAUCAUGUGCAACUGGCCCUACAUUUGUAUGUAUAAGCCCUUCCAGUUGGAACUUUCCGAUUUGCAUUGGGAAUACAACAACGACCACUUCUUACUGUGGUGUGAAGGAGCCACUGGAUUUCCGGUAGUUGAUGCAUGUAUGAGAUGCUUGAACGAAACAGGGUACUUGAACAACCGUGGUAGGCUCAUCGUGGCCUGCUUUCUUGCUAAAGAUUUAUUGAUUGACUGGCGAUAUGGUGAGCAGUACUUCAUGUCCAAGUUAGUGGAUGGAGACUUGGCUUCCAAUAAUGGGGGUUGGGGCUUUGCUGCUAGCACCGGUGUAGACCCGCAGCCAUACUUCCGUAUAUUCAAUCCGUGGACUCAAUCAGAAAAGUUUGAUCCGGAAGGCAAUUUCAUCAGGAAAUGGGUACCUGAACUUGCAAAUCUCAAAGGGAAAGCCAUUCACAACCCACAUAGCUCUAACUCAGAUGUGGAAGGUUAUCCCACCCCAAUUGUUGAACACAAGGCUUGUAGAGAAAGGGCAUUGGAGAGGUACAAGGAAGCGAUGGCUAAAGGAAAGGAAGCUUUGAAAGAAGUGUCCUGA